AUGUAUGGGUAUUUAGCAGAAAGGAGGCUUGAUAUUAUUCUUGAUCCGCAACAAAUUGUCGGACGCCAUCAACCAAAAUGGAUGCGAUACAAAGCUAGAAAGAAGCAUCCUUAUUUGUACCAGAUUGUAGUUUUUGGAGUAGAAGUAGUGGGUGAUGAACCCCCGUUGUCAUUGAACACCAUGACAUUGGGAUGCUCACUUGCUUCAAUUGAUAAAAGUGAGACUCAGAAUCCCGGCUCCGCCGCUGCUUAUGUAAUUGGUUAUUGUUGUAGCUGUUCCAGGGUGCAGAAUUUUAUUGUUGAUGGUGAUGGCACUUUGUCAAGGCCUACACCUUUGUUGCUGUUUGGUGGAGUUCGUGAUAAUUCUUCUCAGCUUAAGUUGCGAAGUAAUGUCAGAUAUCUUUCAUCUGCAGACCUUCCUUCACAUACAGUUAUCGGAAUGCCAGCUUUAUCUCCUACAAUGACUCAAGGUAAUAUUGCUAAGUGGAGGAAGAAAGAAGGAGAUAAGGUCAGUUGUAUUGAAAAAACCGACAAAGCUACCCUUGAGUUUGAGUGUCUUGAAGAAGGGUUUCUGGCUAAAAUAAUGGUACCUGAGGGUUCAAAAGAUGUGCCUGUGGGACAGCCAAUUGCAAUUACGGUUGAGGAAGCUGAGGAUAUACAAAAAGUCCCUGCUACUGUUGCUGGUGAAUCAGAGGUUGAAGAGAAAAAAUUGUCUCAACAAAAUGUUGGAAAUGAGGACUGGGAGCAAGAAACAAGUUCUGUGAAGAUUAGUGCAUCUGAGCUUCCUCCUCAUGUUGUUCUUGAAAUGCCAGCAUUAUCUCCAAGCAUGAACCAGGGUAACAUUGCUAAGUGGAGGAAAAAGGAAGGUGAUAAGAUUCAGGUUGGUGAUGUGAUCUGUGAGAUAGAGACAGACAAAGCUACCCUAGAAUUUGAAUGUCUUGAAGAGGGGUUCCUUGCCAAGAUACUGGCACCGGAAGGCUCAAAAGACGUGGCCAUGGGACAACCAAUUGCAAUAACAGUUGAGGAGCCAAAUGAUUUGGAAACUGUGAAGACAUCUUUUAGUGGCAAUUGGAUGGGAAAAGAGGAAAAGCCAACCCAUCACGAGGCAAAACAUGAAGGGAGAACACAGAAAAUUAGUUUCACUAGGAUUAGUCCAUCAGCAAAGUUGCUAAUUUUAGAACAUGGAUUGGAUGCAUCAUCAUUAACAGCGUCAGGUCCUCGUGGCACUCUCACAAAAGGGGAUGUUUUAGCUGCAAUAAAGUCUGGCAAAUCAUCUCCAAAGAUAUCUUCAUCGCUGGAGAAGAUGCCUCCAUCACCUCAAAUCCAACCACAAACAUCUUCAGAAUCGGCAGGAUUGAGAUCUCAAGAUUCUUAUGAAGAUUUGCCUAAUAGUCAAAUUCGGAAGGUAAUUCUUAUAAGACCGUUGAAAAACUUUACGAGGUUGUGCUGGUUUAGGAUUGUUUCUUAUGUGGUUGUCGAAUCAACAAACUAUACAGUACAUGGAGAACUCGGAUCUUUGCUUACACAGAUAAUUCCCAUCUAACGUUUUGCCUAUAAUGCCCGAAUACUUAAAAAUGAAGUGAAGAAGGCAUUCCACGAUGGCAGACUAUAAUUAUUGUAGAAAAUGUUGGGUGGUCAAGUAACGUCUCGGAUUAUAAUCGAGAAUUUCACUCAAGGAUGAAUGUUGUAAUGUGAUUGAGUAUUCUGAAGAGGUUGUCAAUCGUUUGCACGUACUUUACCUCUGCUAAAAAAAUUUCUUCCAUUUUGUAAGUUUGCCCAUUGUAGAAUGUGGGAUUUUAAUUGCAACAUGUUGUUUCUAAGUCUGUGUUUAAUGUGUUAUCCACACCAGACACAAUAAAAUACAGUCAUUUUAUUUUGAUCCACGUUUUAGUCAAAAUUUGAUUGCAUUUGCAUUCACGAGGGCUUUCUUGUAGAGUAUCUAAGUUGCAGUGGUUCAGUGUGCUUCAAAAUUCAUAGUAGUUUUGCAGGUGAUAGCAAGAAGGUUGUUGGAAUCAAAACAAAAUACACCUCAUCUAUAUUUAUCCUCAGAUGUUAUACUGGAUCCUCUUCUAUCUUUUAGAAAGGAGCUUAAAGCAAAAUAAGAUGUCAAAGUGUCCGUGAACAACAUUGUCAUCAAGGCUGUUGCAAUUGCAUUGAGAAAUGUACCUGAAGCAAAUGGUAAGAUGUUUCUAAUCAUUUACUGGUCCAAACUAUAUUUUCUGGUGACAAGGUGAUUUGAUGAUGGUCAGUUGCUUGUUGAUAAGCAGAUUCAAGCACAAAGGUCUAAUCACAAAUUGGUUGUGUUCUUACAUUUUAAAUGAAUCCUUUCCCACUUUAGUUGUUGUUUUAUGCUCUACCAAGAUGUUCUUCACACCAAAUACAUGAUUGGCAUGUUGGAAAACCUCUCUGGUGUACUCAUGAAAAG